CCGGCAUAGGCGAGUGACGGAGGCCUGCUACUAUUAAAUGUGUAGGUGGCACCAUCUAAAUUAUGAAUUAACAGAAGAAGAGGCGUACAGCUUCAAAAUAGUGUUCCAGUGUGAGGGUGGUCGGACCUACUACCUGUGCACUAACUCGCAGGCCUCCAUGGAGACGUGGAUGAAGGCGCUGGCCUGCGCCAGCUAUGACUACAUGAAGCUGAUGGUGGCUGAGUUACAGCGACAGCUGGAUGAGGCUCAAGCGGAAGCAGCGGCAGAAGCGGCCGCUCUGGUGACCAUCACGCCGCCGGAGGAGGAACCUAAAGCGCCUCCUAGAGGGCAGCGCUACAACCCCUUCAAUAGAGGCCUGGAGACCGAGGGCAAGGCCGUGCCGGGCAGCCGACAUCACAAAGAGAACCUUCGGCCAGAUGUGCCCCGUAAGAAAGUGCCGUUCCGCGACAUCCACACGUCGUACGGCCGCCGCAUACUGGCCGACCGGAACGAGUGGCGAGCCAAGAUAAUGAAGACCAAAACUGAGUCCGACAAGCCUCUAAUACAGCUGUAGAGUAAGGUAGAAACUUUUUGUUGACUUGACUAGGGCUAGGGAGGCGAUUCUCGAAAGAUUCUCGAAGCAAUCGAUAAUGUAUUUUUAAAUAGGAAUAGAAUAUUGGUACCCUUCUCCUCUUAUUGAAAAUCAAGUGAACUUGUCCUGGAGAUAGUCAUCGAUUAGUUUUGAAUAUUUCGAGUAUUUAAAAGAUCUUUAAGUGAGUACGGAUGACACUGCAAUAAUAAUUAAGUGACAUCAGUGUUCCUUUUAUUAAAUUCUGAAGGUUUUACACGAAAUCCCAACAUGUUGCUGCAUCACGAGAAUUGCCUUCCUGACAGUAUCAUACGAUUCUGAUAUAUUGAGAUGAUCUAUUCAUGAAAUAGAUAUAGUCGAAAGAGCAAUAAAUAAUCGUUAUUCUUAGUUUAUUCAUAGUGACCUUGACAGACCAUCUAAGUACUGUAGCACAACCAUAACCAGACAUAAAUACCACCAUAAUAAUAUGUUUUGUUUGGUUCUCUAAAUGGUAGUGCCUUUUUCCUUUAAAUAACAUUUCUAAAUAUUAUGUAUUAUAUUAACAGUUUUAUUGACAGUUCUUAAAAAGGAAUUAAUAGUAAAGAAUCAGAACGUGAGUGAGAAAUGACGCGAGCACGGCAUAGAAAUUCUAUAUUAUUUUAAAUGGAUUUCUAAGAAAUUGCUUGGAGACUAAUUCAAACUUGAAUUAUUCAAGAGACUCUUCGAAAUGUUACCGCGAUGACAUAUUCUGUGAUAUAAAUGAACUCGAUCAAACUGAGCUGGUGUAAAUAUUAUUCAUAAUUUGCGAGAUACGGUUGGAGAUUACUUAUAUUUGGACAUCAUUUGCUGGAAUGAAUUUUAUUACUCAAGUAACCGCUAUACACGCGACUCUCGACUUUUUACAUAUUAGUUGACUGUGGUGCGACGGGCGGCCGCAGUGAGUGUGCGAGCGCGACAUCAAUAUAAUUACAUGCGCGCGAGCGAUAAGGAUGGGUAGCCUGGAGUCAUUGGCGAAAUUAUAUGUGUUCGGCGACCGGACUUUAAUUUUGUUUAGUACACAUCAGAUUGAUUUUGGAAUUAGGUAGCAUGUGUAGCGGUCGAUUUAAUCCAUAAGAUAGGAAAUCAGGAUCACCAUUUUUGUGUUCAAAUAAAUCCUGACAAAAUAGGUUAUUAUCAUAAUAUACAUAAUAUUCUAUAGUCAUAUACAUUUUGUGAAAUAAAAAUCAUAAGUUCAUUUUAAAAGUUUGUUAUAAAUUAAGUUUUAUUAAUUACAUUGGGCGCGUUUAGCCGGAAAUAGAAUUUGUAAGCAAAAUGGCGAUUGCUUUGGCAACUGCCGAAAACUUUAGCCUAUUUUUGACGAGGACACGUUUGCUAACUUCAAUAGUGACGUUUUUCAUACAUUUUUUAGCAUUGAUAGCACUUACCGCUUAGCGAUCGCAAUUUUUCUUAUAAGCUUACAAUUCUAUUUUCGGCCAAACGCACCGAUAGAUUAAUGUUUUUCUAUUUUAAAACUUAUUGCUUUUUGUAUUCAACAACUUGCCUUAAGAAUGUUUACGCUUAGUACCUAAUUUGUAAAUAAAACGAGACUAUUGUA